UCCAAGCUAGCAUCUGAUGCACGAUACGUCAUCAGCGCCUCGGCUCGGCACCGCCUGGCUGCAACCCUACACCUAUUCCAUUACUUGAGCCUGAUCCAACGAGGUCUAGCGGGCAACACUCCGGUCGGCACGCCCUGCUCCUCAAUACCACCUAGUCUUCCCAACAACUCAAUUCCAUUUCACACAACCACUCCAGAAACAGGGAACACGUCGCAUGACAUCCUCUGUCGGAGCCAAUUCCGCGGGAUACAACGCCGUCGUGUCUAUAUCGCAUUAGCCCGCCUUGGUUAUGGCUUUCACGACCAAGCGUCCGACUAA